GCCGGCGGAGGGCGGGGCCAGCGGGCCUUCCAGGCGGAGCUGCGCUGCGGGGUUUUGGCCAAAUUGGGCACAAAAUAGCCACUUAGCCCUUCUCGCCGAGGAGGAGCGGGAGAAAGGGUAUGGCGCCGGCGCAAGGCUGGGCGAGGCGGUACAUCAAGGCCUUCUGCAAAGGCUUCUUCGUGGCGGUGCCUGUGGCCGUGACCUUCCUCGACCGGGUGGCCUGCGUGGCGCGAGUGGAGGGAGCCUCCAUGCAGCCCUCGCUGAACCCCGGAGGCAGCCACUCGUCCGACGUGGUGCUGCUGAACCACUGGAAGGUGCGGAACCUGGAGGUGCGCCGCGGGGACAUCGUGUCGCUGGUGUCCCCUAAAAACCCAGGACAGAAGAUCAUCAAGAGAGUGAUUGCCCUGGAAGGAGAUAUUAUAAAGACCAUGGGACACAAAAACCGCUAUGUCAAGGUGCCUCGUGGUCACAUCUGGGUUGAAGGUGAUCAUCAUGGACACAGUUUUGACAGCAAUUCUUUUGGGCCGGUUUCCCUGGGGCUGCUGCAUGCUCUUGCCACGCACAUCCUGUGGCCCCCGGAGCGCUGGCAGAGGCUGCAGUCCAUGCUGCCCCCGGAGCGCCUGCCGGUGCAGAGCGAAGACCAGUGAGGGAUGUCCCAUCGCCUGCCCUGGAGGCACGGGGAGGCCCCCCACGGCCACCUGCACAGGAAGGGGGGCCGCCACACGGAGACCCUCUGGCACUAAGAUGAUUAGAAGUUUAAAAGUAUUAAAUUAUAUUAAGUAGCACCUGAUUUUGUGGUCAAUUGUAAUAUCGCGUUGUUUUGUGUCAAAAAAAAAAUAUGCCGGCCUUUGGGAAUACAGAAGUUGUAUUCUCAUUUGUCUGCGGGAGGUUAUAUUUGAGGUUGUGCCCUGCAUCCCUAUCCUGCUGGUUGCUGGGUGUUGAUUUCAGUGCUUGCUGCUGGAAGAAUGUGCAAAUGAACCUAGGUGAACGCAAUGGCUUGAGUGAUGUCACUUGCUGUUCAGCUGGAACAGAAGAAACCUGUGGUGCACAUACAGAUGGGAAUUACAUCGUGAUUGACAGCUUCUACCAUGCAGGGACUGCCGGGGGACAGGUUGUGCUGUAAUGUGAAAUAAAGCACUCAUUGCUCAGG